UCGACGGAGUGUAGAGUGGUCGAUGCGGACCGACCGAGUGGAUGUCGACGGAAUGUAGAGUGGUCGAUGCGGACCGACCGAGUGGUUGUCAAGUAGGGUGGCAAAGUGCGCGCGUAGUCCAAUUGCGUAUUUACCCAUCACGAGUCCCCCACUUCUUGAAUCCGCGAGAAUUGUCGGGUUUGAGAAGUGAAAAUGUUUUCUCGCCAUCUUCUUCGGUCGGCUACAUCAUGGACAAUCUUCUCUCAUGUCGGUCUACAAUUUCCUUCUCCAUGCAACAUGCCAUCUUUGGGUUUCCAUAAGCUAGAGCAAUCCAUAUUUUUUUUUAAGCCCAUUACUUCACUAAGGCCCAUCAUUUUUCAAGGCCCAUUGUUUUCUCUAUAAAUACCCUUCUCCCUUCUCAUUUUUUUCACUUCAAGCCCCCUUGCACAUCUUCAAGCACACCAACUACCAACUUGAGCUACUCUAACCAACAUGUCGCAAGAUGAUAGCCAAAACGUUUUUGCCCAUGAUUAUGAUGAUUUGAUUGAGGAUGAAUUUUGUGUGUCCGAGGGUGGGUCACCGAAUCGUUCUGACGAUGCUCAACAAGUGAGGGCUCGUCCUGUCGCCCCCACACAAUCUGUCCCUUCACAAAUUCUUUUGAAGAAAAGGAAAAUCCAAACGGACGACUCCACUUCGAGCAAGGUGAAAGAAACCUCGACGAGCAAAAGUAUCACGCCAAGUGGUGAUUAUGUCGAGUUGGAUCCCAAAGGAGCUUUUGCCACUCCGGUUGAAAUAUCUCCCAAGGAGGAGGAGCAACUUGCAGAUUUGAUUGGAGAAGGGAUCCGUUACGAGGUUGACCGACGCCUGACUAACAUCGUUUCUUGUCAUUACAAGAAAUGGAUAGGUGUCCAUCUGGAUUCGCUGAAAGCUGGUAUGCGUAUCCCCCUUGAUCCUUUCCUUGUUGAUUUUGUGAAUUAUUAUGGCAUAGUUCCAAGCCAAGUGGCGCCAAAUGGUCAUCGUAUACUUGCGUGCUUCCCUCAAAUUUGUGCACGUCAUCAAGUUCCUUGCACGAUCGAUUUGUUCAACUUCCUCCAUCUUGUAAAGACUAUGGGGAAGAAUUGCCACCCCAGCUUCGUGAUCAUUCAAUGUCGCGGGUUGUUUGGAAAAGUUUCUGGUCUGCCUGAUAACAACCGUAAGUGGAGGGGGAAGUUUCUUCGAGUGUUUUUGAAAGACGGGGUGCCUUUCAAAAAUGAGUGGUCUCGUCGAAUGCGCAAGUGCGUGCUACCACCUGAGACUUUAGAGAUCAAGGAUGCAGUCGAGAAGAUUUCAUCGGAGUGCUAUUCUUGGGAUAAUUAUCACUCUCCAGAGGCAUUGGCUGCAGCCCAUCUACCCCCUCCGAUGUAUGGGGUUCAACGUCAGGUUGUCCCAGAUGGUGAGUUGGACGUGUGA